AUGGUCGUCGUUCUUGGUCGUGGUCGUGGUCGAAGGUCGAGCAAAGGGAAAAAUCCAAUUUUGCUUUUUUUGCUCCCCUCCUCCUGCUGGCCCGCCGCCCCCUCUCUCCACGAAUCCGACCAUUUACAGUGCGAUUUAGGAAAAGGAUUCCAACAUGCCUCCGCGUUCAACCAGCUCGAGGGUAUGGUGGAACAAGCAUUACAACGCACUACUCAAGCUGGCCAUAUCACGAUGCGAGCAAUAUUGAUUAGAGAUGAAUAUGGCCCGGCUGAAAACCUCUACAUCGGUGAAGUCGAACAGCCAGCGCCGAGAGCUGAGCAGGUUCUCGUCAAGAUGAUCGAUGAAGCUUUCCCGAGCCUUCAAUCACAGGUCAAGGCGUUUGGGUUAAAUCGCAUGGACAUUUCCCAACGCGAAGGGAAAUACCCGCCUCCUCCGGGAGCGAGUAAAAUCCUUGGAGUUGAGUUCUCCGGAAUCGUCACUGAGCUUGGCUCAGAUGUUGUCGGCUGGAAAAUCGGGGAUGAGGUCCUAGGUCUCGUUGGGGGGGGUGCUUACGCGGAGUAUGUGGUUGCACCCCAAAAGAAUCUCAUGAAGAAGCCCGCGCACCUCACAUGGGCUGAGGCUGCAAGCAUCCCAGAAAACUUUCUAACUGCAUUCCAAGCGUUGGUUUUGAUUGGUGAGAUAUGUGCCAAUGAUCAUGUUCUCGUCCAUGCAGGUGCCUCGGGUGUUGGCAUUGCGGUCAUACAAUUGGCACGCCUAUACAGAGCUCAAACAGUGAUUGCAACGACCUCUACAGAGGAGAAAAUUCGCCGGUUAUUGAGUAUUCCGAACGGAGCGACACAUGCCGCCAAUUACAAGGUCGAAGAUUUUUCAGCGGUGGUGAAACAUAUCACCAAGGGCCACGGUGCAGACGUGGUGAUUGAUUUUGUCGCUCAGAGCCAUUUCAUCAAGAACUUGGAUGCGAUGGCUAUGGACGGACGAAUGACAAUGCUCGCCUUGCUCAGUGGAGCAACGGUCCACUCCGUCGACUUAAGCCCGAUUCUGUUCAAACGACUCCGCAUCCAGGGAUCCACACUCCGAUCCCGCUCUCCCGCCUACCAGGCAGAAUUGAUUUCUCGAUUGGAUAAAGAAGUCCUUCCCGUUAUCACAGGAGAGAACGGAGAUGGUUCAGUUCGUAUUUACAUCCACAAGGUGUAUGGGUGGAAUGAAAUAAUUGAAGCACACAAAGAAAUGGAAGCUAACAAGAAUUUCGGAAAGAUCGUUGUUGAAGUAGCUUAG